CAGAGAGCAAAGCUAGCCCUCUCUUCCUCCAGCACUUUGUUGCUCCCCUCCCUUCCCCUCAAGCUGCUAAGCCUCCACUGAAUCCUUGGUGGUUACCUAGCUACUAGUAGUCAUGCACAGCUACAGAGCCAUGCACCCGUACACCCACCACCCCUACCAGCACCACGCCGCCGUUCCCCAGGGCGGCAAGCAGCAGCACAGCGGCGGCAACGACGACGACGACCAGUCCAUGCUCCUCCUCUCCCUCUGGCCCCCCGGCCACCACCACGCCUCCUCGGCGUGCUCGUCCUCCCCCUCCAUCACCUCCACCGCCACCUCCAUGUCCAUGGCCGCCGCUUCCUACCCUUGGCUCGGCCACCACCAGAGCCAUUACGGCAACGGCAGCUGCGGCGGAGGGGGCAGCAGCAGCAGCAGCCACAGCAGCUUCCUGUUCCACGAGCAGCCGGCGGAGCCCGACGUGAGCAUCUCUCUCUCCAUCGCCCCGCCGUGCGCCGGCGCGGGCUUCGCCGCGCCGGCGGUGCCGUCGACGGUGACGACGACCGUGGCUCCCGGCGGUAGCAGUCAGGUGCCCAGCCAGUACUGGAUCCCCUCCGCCGCCGAGAUCCUCGUCGGCUCCACGCAGUUCUCCUGCGCCGUCUGCAACAAGACCUUCAACCGCUUCAACAACAUGCAGAUGCACAUGUGGGGACACGGUUCGCAGUACCGCAAGGGUUCCGAGUCCCUGCGCGGCGCGAUCACGGUGGGCACGGCGCCGCCGGCGUCGCUGAUGCGGCUGCCGUGCUACUGCUGCGCCGAGGGCUGCCGGAACAACAUCGAGCACCCGCGGGCGCGGCCGCUCAAGGACUUCCGCACCCUGCAGACGCACUACCGCCGGAAGCACGGCGCGCGGCCGUACGCGUGCCGGCGCUGCGGCAAGCGGUUCGCCGUGCGCGGCGACUGGCGCACGCACGAGAAGAACUGCGGCAAGCUCUGGUUCUGCGUGUGCGGCUCCGACUUCAAGCACAAGCGCUCGCUCAAGGACCACGUGCGCUCCUUCGGCGGCGGGCACGCGCCGCACAUCGUCGAGACGUCCGUCGCCGCCGAGGACGACGAGGAGGACGACGACGACCACGACGACCUGAUGCUGCACAUGGUGGACGACAACGGCAGCGGCGCCGCGGGCGCCGACCCCACCGACAUGGUCGUCGUCUAGCCAGCUAGCUUCCUUAUUCUUCCACCGUAGUAUCCUACUCCUAUCCUACCUUUUAGUUGCAAGCUAAGCAAGCAGUAUGAUUUCUUGAUGCAUGAGUCGUCUAACGAACGUCAAGGAGGCAUUGCGUGGUGUCUGCAAUUUUUUGCAUGGCAACAAAUGCAUUAGUGCCCUAGAUAGCUACUACUAGAGUCGAUCUUUCAAGUUUGAAGUUGAUGAGUAGUAGGUAAUAAUCACAUGUGUCAAGCAAUGCAAGGUGUGUAGUGUUACAGCUAGCUAGAAGACAACCUCGGCACCGUACGGCCGGGUCAGGUGCUGAUCGAGUUUAGAGAGUUUGUGUACGCCUACGCACGGUGCCGUGUCAUUGUCAUUUCUUGUACCUGUCGUACGUGUGGUCUUUAUCUGUGUCCAAAGUAGUUCUACCACUGUUCCAUUC